AGCCACCCAGGCGCCCCUGAGAUCUUCCUGCUUAAAUCCCUUGCUGUGCAGAAGGGGAAACAGUCCCAGAGAGGGAGAUCUCAUACAUACCCAAGGUCAGAGGGCAGAGGACGCCUGCCGGUGUGCUGUGCGGCAUCCUGGACUCAUGAACGUGGUUACAAAACCACUGCCCCAGCUCGCAUCAGCCCGAAUCCUUGCUGGCAUCCAGAACCUCCAGGUCAGAGGGCACUAGGAGUUGCCAUAUGCCCCUUCUCACCGCCUCACCCUCAUGCAGGGGUCAAAAAGGUGCAGCAGGUGGUCCUGGGGCCAGAGAGCUGAAAUGAAGGAUUGCAGCGCACACUGAGACCAAGAUGCUUUCUCUUUAGAAAAUCGUCAAGUGGAACUCCUCUGCAUCCACCCUAGUUGUGCUUCAACGCCAGAGUCCUCUGGCCUCCUUUCAUUCCCUGCGGAUCACAGCCCUCCAGAGCCAAGGAACUACUGUUAUUCCGGGUUGAAUUCUGACGAUCACUGCUCAAGAGCUUUAAAGAAGGUCUCGGGCAGGGCUGCCCACUAGAGUGAAGGGUUCGUGUUUGAGAUGCUGUUCCCAAUUGCUCACGUUCUGCCGGAUACUUCCAUUUGGCCUCAAUGAAAGUAAAGUAGAACAUCACAUGUACAUGUGUAUUACUGUCAGGAUGUUGAUUCACUGGUUAUGCCUGAAGAGGGAAAUUCUGUUCUGAUGGCUGACUGCCAGCAAAAAUAGAUGCUUAUCCUAGAUGUCAAGCAUCUCUCCUUUCUACUGGAGUGAAAAUCCCCUCCAGAUACCAACAGAACAUCAACUGCAGAAAAUGCUUCACAUUUUAAGGAUGUCAGCAACCUAAAUUCAUGCGCCCUAUCUGUACAGUUGUCGUGGAUGGUUUACCAUCUGAAAGCUCCGCAAGCUCUUAUCCAGGCCCCGUAUCUGUUUCUGAAAUGUCUCUGCUUCAUGCUCUGGGCCCAGUGCAGACCUGGCUGGGGCAGGAGCUGGAGAAAUGUGGCAUCGAUGCCAUGAUUUACACCCGCUACGUCCUCAGUCUUCUGCUGCAUGACAGCUAUGACUACGAGCUGCAGGAACAGGAGAAUGACAUCUUCCUGGGCUGGGAAAAAGGAGCUUACAAGAAAUGGGGAAAGAGUAAGAAAAAGUGCUCAGAUCUGACUCUGGAAGAAAUGAAAAAACAGGCUGCUGUCCAGUGUCUUCGCUCUGCUUCUGAUGAAAGCUCUGGCAUCGAGACCUUAGUGGAGGAGCUCUGCUCCAGACUCAAAGACCUUCAGAAUAAGCAAGAAGAGAAGAUUCACAAAAAGUUAGAGGGGUCUCCCUCUCCAGAGGCAGAAUUAUCCCCUACAGCAAAGGAUCAAGUGGAAAUGUACUAUGAAGCAUUUCCACCACUGUCUGAGAAACCAGUUUGCCUGCAAGAAAUCAUGACUGUGUGGAACAAGUCUAAAGUCUGUUCUUACUCUAGCUCUUCUUCAUCAUCCACAGCCCCACCAGCUAGCACAGACACAUCCUCCCCCAAGGACUGCAACAGCGAAGGCGAAGUCAUCAAGGAAAGAAGCAACGAAGCACCCACCUCUGUACCCGCGAAAACCCAGAGCAAAAGUCAAAGCGAGAAGGAGAACAAAUUCAGUAAUGGCACAAUGGAAGAAAAGCCUGCUUUGUACAAAAAGCAGAUCCGACAUAAACCUGAAGGAAAGAUUCGCCCUCGCUCAUGGUCUUCCGGCUCGAGUGAAGCAGGCUCAAGUUCAAGUGGUCAUCACGGAGAAUUAAAAGCAUCCGUGAAGUGUGUGAAAGUCAGACACAAGACACGAGAGAUUCGGAACAAGAAGGGGCGGAACGGGCCCAGCAGGCUCUCGCUGAAGCCGGGCGACAGGGCUGAGCGGGGCGUGCCUGCGGCGGGGAGUGGCGGGGGCUCCUUCAAGCCGCUGUGCCGGCGUGGGAAGAGGCCCCUGAAGGACCUGGGGAGAAGGGACACCGGGAGCGCCGAGGGGAGAGACCUGUCCCUGGAGAGCAGAAACGACAGAGAAUAUAAAGAGGAACCACUGUGGUACACUGAACCGAUUGCUGAGUAUUUUGUUCCUUUGAGCAGAAAGAGUAAACUAGAGACCACGUACCGAAAGCGACAGGACACGAGCGAUGUGACGUCAGAGGCAGUGGGAGAGCUGUCAGAGUCCGUGCGUGGCCUUUGUCUCGGCAACAGUAAUGUUCAUAAAACAUACCUCGCAGCAGGUACUUUCAUUGAUGGUCAUUUUGUCGAAAUGCCUGCCGUUAUCAAUGAGGAUAUUGACCUCACUGGGACCUCAUUCUGUUCUCUCCCAGAGGACGACAAGUAUCUGGAUGAUAUUCAUCUAUCAGAAUUAACGCACUUCUAUGAAGUGGAUAUUGACCAAUCCAUGUUGGAUCCUGGUGCCUCAGAAACAAUGCAAGGAGAAAGUCGGAUUUUGAAUAUGAUUCGACAAAAAAGCAAAGAGAAAACAGAUUUUGAGGCAGAAUGUUGCAUAGUGUUAGAUGGAAUGGAGUUGCAAGGGGAACGUGCAAUAUGGACAGAUUCCACCUCUGUGGGUGCCGAGGGCUUCUUCCUGCAAGACUUGGGCAAUCUGGCUCAGUUUUGGGAGUGCUGUUCAUCCAGCUCGGGCGACGCCGAUGGAGAGAGUUUUGGGGGAGAUUCUCCAAUUCGACUCUCUCCGAUCUUGGACGGCACAGCGCUCAAUCCGCAUUUGCUUGCUGGCAAUCAGGAGCUCUUUUCAGAUAUUAAUGAAGGAUCUGGCAUAAACUCGUGUUUUUCAGUGUUUGAAGUGCAAUGCAGUAAUUCUGUUCUACCAUUUUCGUUUGAAACUCUCAACUUGGGAAAUGAAAAUACAGAUUCUAGUGCUAAUAUGCUUGGGAAAACCCAGUCUAGAUUGCUAAUAUGGACCAAAAAUAGUGCCUUUGAAGAAAAUGAACACUGUUCUAAUCUUUCAACCAGAACUUGUAGCCCAUGGUCCCAUUCAGAAGAAACACGUUCAGACAACGAGACGUUAAAUAUUCAGUUUGAAGAGUCCACGCAGUUUAAUGCAGACGAUAUUAAUUAUGUAGUUCCUAGAGUCUCGUCAAAUUACGUAGAUGAAGAACUUCUAGAUUUUUUGCAAGAUGAAACUUGCCAGCAAAACAGUAGAACAUUAGGAGAAAUUCCUACCUUAGUUUUCAAAAAAAAGUCAAAACUAGAAUCUGUCUGUGGCAUUCAGCUCGAACAAAAGCCAGAACACAAAACCUUGGAAACUGCUCGAGGGUGUGGCGAAAGCGGUCCACGUGGAGGCGGCUACAGCUCAGGGGUUAUUAAGGACAUUUGGACAAAGACAGCAGACGUGGAGAGAAUCGACGAGGAGCUGUUCCCGGCGGACGCCAGUGACUGCUGCCGCUGCCUGGAGGCGGAGGCCGAGGGCCUGCGGGCGCCCCACAAGGCCGUGCAGCGGUCCGAGUACCGCCUGUGGGAGGGGCACAAGGAGAGCGUGGAGAAGAGAGCUUGCGUCUCCGGGGCGCUCUCGAAGGUGGACGGCGGCGACUAUACCACACCCUCGAAACCUUGGGGUGUGGCCCAGGACAAAGAGAACACGUUCAUCCUCGGAGGAGUGUACGGAGAGCUCAAAACCUUCAGUAGCGAUGGGGAGUGGGCCGUCGUGCCGCCCAGCCACAGCAAGGGAAGUCUCCUGCAGUGUGCGGCUUCUGACGUCGUGACCAUAGCUGGUACGGACGUCUUCAUGACCCCAGGCAACAGCUUCGCUCCCGGUCACCGGCAGUUAUGGAAGCCCUUCGUGUCCUUCGAACAGAACGAUCAGCCGAGGAGUGGGGAGAAUGGAUUAAAUAAGGGAUUUUCUUUUAUCUUCCAUGAAGACUUCCUGGGAGCUUGUGGUAACUUUCAGGUUGAAGAUCCUGGGCUUGAAUAUUCCUUCUCUUCCUUUGACUUAAGUAAUCCGUUCUCACAAGUUCUUCACGUAGAGUGUUCGUUUGAACCCGAAGGGAUUGCCUCUUUCAGCCCUAGUUUUAAACCGAAAUCAAUCCUCUGCUCUGAUUCAGACAGCGAAGUUUUUCACCCCAGGAUCUGUGGCGUCGACAGAACACAAUACCGGGCUAUUCGCAUCUCUCCUAGGACUCACUUCCGCCCAAUUUCUGCGUCCGAGCUGUCACCAGGAGGAGGAAGUGAGUCGGAAUUUGAAUCUGAGAAAGAUGAAGCAAAUAUUCCCAUUCCUUCUCAAGCUGAUGCAUUUGAAGACCCACAGGCCGAUCUCCAGCCACUGGAAGAAGAUGCCGAGAAAGAAGGCCAUUACUAUGGAAAAUCGGAGCUUGAGUCUGGAAAAUUCCUUCCCAGGUUAAAAAAAUCUGGCAUGGAAAAGAGUGCUCAGACAUCACUGGAUUCUCAGGAGGAAUCAGCUGGGAUUCUGCCAGUGGGGAAGCAGAAUCAGUGUUUGGAAUGUAGCAUGAAUGAAUCUCUGGAAAUUGCUUUAGAAAGCUCAGAAGCAAAUUGUAAAAUAAUGGCACAAUGUGAGGAAGAAAUUAAUAAUUUUUGCAGUUGCAAAGCAGGUUGUCAGUUCCCUGCUUAUGAAGAUAAUCCAGUUUCUUCGGGACAGCUGGAAGAGUUUCCCGUAUUGAACACUGAUGUUCAAGGAAUGAAUAGGAGUCAAGAAAAGCAGACCUGGUGGGAAAAAGCCUUGUACUCUCCUCUCUUUCCUGCAUCAGAGUGUGAAGAAUGUUAUACAAAUGCCAAGGGAGAGAAUGGUAUAGAAGAGUGUCCAGAUGGUAAAGACAUACCCAGUAACGACGAGCGUCUGUUAGAUUUUAAUAGGGUGUCUUCUGUUUAUGAAGCAAGGUGUGCCGGAGAGAGAGAUGCCGGAGCAGAAUCCAGUGGCUUCCGCAGAAAGAUCUACUCCAGCGCCGGCUCCGGCUCGGAGGGCUCUGGCUCGGAGGGCGGAGGCGAGUGGGCGGACCCUGGCGAAGAAGAGCUCUUUUCUCGAACUCAUCUCUAAUCCUGCAGAGUAGUACAGAUUAUUUUUUGAGAGUGAUAUGUGAUGGCAAAUUACCCUUUUGUGAGGCCUGUUAAUCUAAAGCAACAACUUAGGUUUCUUCUUCAAUUAACUGAUUCAGAUCAGCAAUUAUCUUUCUCUUCUUGCUUAUUUUAGAGUUGAGGACAGCUAUCCUGUUGAAGAUUUUUUGUUUUCCAAGCUGUUGAAUUCUUGGCUAUUUGAAAUAGACUAGAUUGUGUUGUCCAAUCAAGAAUGGGUGUGCAUGUGCUUGUCUAGAAGCAUCCCUGCUUUCCGCAUCUUGACUGCAGUUGCUGUCUGUCCUUCCAGCUGCAGCCCGGUCACUGUCACCUUAGCUCCGCGGUGUCCGCAACCACUUCUGCUCUCCAGAGACUUGAGCUUUGGAACCUUUAGGCUUUGUUCUCUCAGAACUGGGAUAUAAAUACCUACCCCUGCAAUGGAUCGGGGCCUUUCUCAAGGCAAGAGGGAAGCAUGGGUGACUCAUCCACGGUCUUCAUUCAGUCAGAUCUCAUGUACAUUUGACGUAGGAACCACAAGGGUGUGCUUUUAGAGACUUACAAAAUACUGUGUUUUCUCUCUUAGGAUUCUCCCCCCUCGAGUAUCAUGGAAGAUACUGUGGUUUGUGAUUUUCUUGCUAACUGGAGGAGCCAAGGCUUUUGGGGUGUGGGGUAGCAGAGGAGGCCGAGUGGGGCAAGAGCGUACCCCCAGCCUGUUCUUACGUUGCGGUUACUUUUACGCCAAAACACCCCUUCAGGGUUACUCGUGGUGAGGGUCUUAGUUGCAAAUUAUGAUUUUCUGGUGACCUCCAUUGAAUCGAAGCCUCCAGAACUCAAAAUUAUAAACGUCUGACAUGCAGUAAAGGCCACCUCGUCACCCCGAAGCAGCCCUGGCUGCAACAGCCAGCUGCUGUCAUGGCCGUGAUUCGGUCGAGCUUAGAUCGCAUUUUGUGUUGGAGAGAAUGUUCUGGGCAAGUUCUGUGUGGUGGGCUGGGGGCGGGCAGAGACGUGCUUUCUCCCAGACCUUUGUGAUGGCUUCAUGGAACUCGCUUCCCGCUUCCCGCUUCCCGCAGGGGCCCAGCCGUCAGUCUGUCUCCUACAAGUCCUGCCCGCUCAGGAUGGCCGCCGCCUCGGGUUUUCACGCCAGCGGGCAGCAGGUGGAGCUGCGAGGAGCGGUGUUUGUGAAACCAAAUUGUUUUCCUAUUUAAAAAAACAAAACCUAAUGUGUAAAAUCAGUUUAGCGUGUCUGUAACACCAGGAACCGCAGAGAAGUCUGACGUGGACGAGACAGCUUCGCCACGAAUCUUGGCAGGUAGUGCAUACCCUGUCCAGUUCACUAGCCGGGGGCUGGAGUGGCUGAGAAAGCCCUGGUUUGCUUCGAGUCCCAGGUGUGGUUGCCUGUGUCGUAACUGAGAACACAGACAACUCCAAGGCUGUGGAAUCACCCCGGGUUGUGUGUGUCCUCACCAUGAGAAACCUGGUGGACGGUCGGCUUGGAUCUCACCACAUGUCAGGGUUUGUUCUUACACAGCACAUCUUAAGACACUUUAAAGUGUGUGUGUGUGUGUGUGUGUGCGCGCGCGCGCGUGUGCGCGUGUGUACGUGUGCAGGUGUGUGUGUAUGUGUGUGCAAGGUUUAUGUUGCUGUUAUUUAUUUACAGACUUUAUAAGGUUUUAUGUAUUUUUCUUUCUUCCGGAGCUUCCUAAAAAGUGAUUAGCAUCUGCACUGAAAUAUAAUUUAACAGCAAAGGCAAAAAAGAAUUGGAAGUUGUAAAUUCCUAAAAUCACUACAGUGACGAUCCUUCUAGAAAUCGUUGCUUAUGUAGCAGAGACCAAAUAAAUAUAUUUCAGAUACAACCUUUAGCUCAGUUGAUUUUGGACAGCUGCUUUUUAUCAAGACAGGGCUCCAGGUGGCAGAGGCACCGACUUCCUCCCGCACUGGCCGGAAGACGGUGCACCUUCCACGGGGGAAAGGGGUUGGGUUAUAAAUGGGCAAGGGGAUUGCCAGAUUAUGUAUUUAUUUGUUUUCAUAGCUAAGUGGCUGAAGCCCAGAGGCUUUCAGCAACAGAGUUGAAAGUGUGGUUUUUAGUUUUGUGAAUGGAUGAUCACAAAGAAAAAGCAUUUUUUAAAAAGUUGGCAAAACGCUGAAACGCCCUGUGGUAUGAAGCGCAUUGCAUAUCUGUAGCACUGAAGUAUCCGUUUUCCAUUCCUGGGCUGAGAUUUUUUUCCCCGUGGUUGUAUUGUUCUGAUUUUACGUACACCAGAGUAACUGAUUUUUUGUUUUCUUGUGGAGUUAACACCAAAUAAAAAUUUCGAAAAACA